AUGACUGUGAUGGCGAUACAAGGAAUCUUAGGACUGGAUGAGGACAUCAGCUCUGGGUCGGAGGACGGUAGUUCAGACGAGGAUGAGUACGAUAUGGACUGGGAAGAAAUUGACAAUCUGCUCAUCUGGCUUCAUGUGAUCUGCUCCAAACGAUAUUUCAGACCUUGCCAGACCCUUGAGCAACCGCCGGCCAUUCACGACUACCUCAUGAACAAACUAGAGGCCAGUCAAUUCAAACAGGAGUUCCGGAUGACCCAAUUAGCUUUUACAAAGCUCUGCGCUCGGAUUCGCAACAAUACGGUGUCCCAGAGCAACUCGCACAACCCCCAACAUCCUAUCAAAGAACAAUUGAUGGUUGCGCUGGAGCGACUGGGGUGUUUUGGUAACGGGGCAUCUGUAGGGAUGCUUGCCAGAUUUUUUGGAGUGGGCGAGGGGACUUUUGAGCUAUGUACUAACCGUUUUAUAAUGGCAAUCUUACGAAUCAAGACUCAGAUCAUCCAGUGGCCUAGCCCAGAAGAUCGCAAGGAAAUCAAAGCCAACUAUGCCGAGGUGGGAUUUGACGGCUGUGUAGGGUUGAUCGAUGGGGUUCUCAUACCCCUUACUGAAUGCCCUAGCAAGAAUGGGUCUGAUUUCUACUCGCGCAAGGGGUCAUAUGGCAUUACAACUCUAAUCGCCUGUGAUUCCAACCGUAACAUCAAUUUCCUCUAUACUGGAUGGCCGGGCUGUUCACACGACCAACGCGUGAUGGGAAAUUCCCGGCUUGCUUUGGAGCCCAAUCAGUUCUUUUCUCCUGGCGAAUACUUACUAGCCGAUUAA